AUGACGUUUGCUAUGACUGCACUUAAUAUCCUUUGGUUUGAUAAUACUUAUUCAUUCAACUUUACCGACAGUGCGGUCUGCUCAUGGGUCGGCUCACGUUCUUCGGCAGAGCCAUUGGACAUACCUUCAAAGUACAUAUGGAAAGAUUUGGUGGAUAACACGAUUAGACCGACCAUCUCGAAAGCCAUGGAGACGGAAAUGUCUAGGCAAGCGUUUUACGAUGACGUACUGAGGAAAGGGAAUUGGGAGAAGGUGACACCGUUCAUUGCCGCCUACUUCAACGAAGGCUAA